AUGGAAAACGAAUAUUCCACCGCCCAACGAAGCAAAUUUCGCUUCAAAUCCAAACACCGCGCCUCGCGCUCCAGAUCAAAAUCAGAAACGCCACACGAUGAUGGCAGCGAUGGUACUAAAUCACAAUCAUCAUCCCACCCGCGCCGCUAUCGCCGUCGACAUCAUCGCCACCGGCCCUCUAAACGCCACAAGUCUUCCAAUACCCCCCCUCCAACGUAUGAAGAGCCUCCUGAACUGUCUCCCGACGCUGCAUUCCGUGAAUCCCUCUUCGACGCCUUAGCUGACGAUGAAGGCGCGGCAUACUGGGAGUCGGUAUAUGGCCAGCCGAUUCAUACCUACGCCCGUCCGGAUUUGGGUGGUGAGCUAGAGCAGAUGACAGAUGAGGAAUAUGCGGCAUAUGUGCGUGCGCGCAUGUGGGAAAAGACCCAUGAGGCGGUUUUUGAGGAGAGGGAGCGAAGGAAGAAGGAGCGGGAGAGGCAAAGGGAUGAUAAUAGGCGGACGCAAGGGGGGAGCGAACGCGAGUCGUUUGAGAGGAUGAUUGGGGAGAGUUUACGGAGGGGCCAGGAGAGGAAGAUGAAGAAGCGUACGGCGGAUGUUUGGUUGGAUAUCUGGAGAAGGUAUUUGGAUACUUGGGAGGAUUUGAAUGCGCGAGCUCGUGCUGCGGCGUCGAAAGCAGCAACAGCAUCAUCGUCGUCGACUUCGAAGGAUACCGGCCCUUCAGUUGACAAAAUGAACGAAAAACUUCGAAAUCUCAUUUUUUGGCCUGUUGAAUCGGGUAAGCGAAGAGAUAUUACUCCCGGGGCCGUGGAGACGUUUAUGCGGAACGCGCCUAUUCCCACCCCGGCGGACACCCCUGCCUCUGGUUUAGAGCAGCGAGGAAAGCUUCAGUCCCACCCAUCUGACCUUCUUACUGUUUUGAAAAUUGAACGGGUCAGAUGGCAUCCGGAUAAAAUGCAACAUCGAUAUGGAGCACUUGGGAUGGAGGAUCAGCUCAUAAAGGGCGCCACAGAGGUUUUCCAAAUACUAGAUCGUAUGUGGGUGGAGGAGCGCGAGCUGCGGGAUAGGGGAUGA